AUGGACAAUGCGGCCACUUACACCGCACUUAAAGCUAAACUUGGGAUUUCCCGGUCUAAAGAGCCUGCUUCAUCUUCUAAAACAAAAAUCCCACCUAGCUCUCCUACAUCACCUCCACCUCUUCCCAUCCAACCUCCACCAUCGCCUUUAGCCCAACCUUCGCCUCCUUCCCCAACAUUUACCCCUAUCCAGCCUGUGGAUUACGGCGGGGAUGCCUCUGACGAGGAAGGCUGGAGGGAAGAUUAUGGGCAACCAUUUGCUAUCCCAUCGCCAAUAAACGGUGGCGGCUCCAUUUCGAUCCAUGAGCCGCAUUUGACUGGAGGCGGCGAAAUCAACGAUGAAGAAGAGGAGGACCUCCACCCGUUGUUCGACCAUAGGGAAGCCGAGAAGGAGGAGGAGCCACCACGCCGCCAGACGCGCCGUAUGACAAUGGACCGGCUCCUAGAGGAAGCUGAAACCCUGAAAACCUGCGGAUAG